AUGAGGGCGCGCGUCCGAACGGACGACGGGCAGUACUCGGAGUGGUUGGACGUGGGCCAAGGCCUCCGACAGGGAUGCAACCUGGCCCCGCUGCUGUUGUUUAACUUGUUCUUUGCCGCGGUGCUCAUGGCCGCCGUGACCGAGUUCGACAAGGACCCCAAGGUGGCGGCGGACAUGGUCAAGAUCGGAACACGAGUGGAGUGCACGGGCAAGAGGGGCAGGUCGGCGGGGAAGAAGGCGAUGAUGAUCGGUUUGGGUACCUCGGACGUUCUAUCUCCGCGGACGGGAAGGCCGACCGGGAGAUCACAGACAGCCGCAGCUGCCGAGCGUGGAAGUGCUACCGUCGGAACAGGCAGUGCUUCGAUGUAUGACAGGCGACGGGCCUACCGCCAGCUCAAGAUCCGGCUACUCCAGGCCGAAGUGGUGGAGACUCUCCUAUAUGGGUGCGCCUCGUGGAGCCUCACAGCGGAGCACUACACGAAGCUCAAUGGGACCCACCGCCAGUUCCUUACAGGGUGCAUCGGCUGGAGCAAGCGGAAACGCUCAGACCGCCGCCCCCUGUCCAAUGCCCAGGCCCUCAUCCAGGCCGGCUGCGAGGAAACCAUCGAGGCCACCAUGCGCAAACGGAGACUGUGUUUCGCGGGCUUUGUUCUGCGCAUGGAGGACAACCGCCUCCCCAAGCGCAUGCUGUUAGGAGCGAUGGCGGGGGUUUUGGGAUGCCGGGGCGGGCAGCAGAGCGACUGGGUGUCUCGUCUUGGAGAGGUCCUCGUGGCCUUCAACAUGGGAGACGAGAAGGAAGGGGGGAAAUAG